UUUUUGAAGACAAGUACCUUCCUGAUGCUGUGAUGAGAAUCACCAGUGAUGAGGGUUAUCAACCUGUAAAGAAACUCAAGCAGCAGGUGAAACCAGUGGAAGGGAGCAAUGUACACUUGGUGGUUGGUGUACAUGGACUAAAUGGAAGUUGCAAUGAUUUGAAUGUGGUCAGAGUGUUUAUGGAGUUGCUCCAACCUCAUGGAAGUGACCAUUUGGACUUCUUCAUACCAACAAGGACCCAG